GCAGAAAAUUAUUUUAAAUCCAAUCAAAAUAAAAAAUGGAAACAAAAAAAGUUGAACAAAAAAAUUAUAACGACUUAUUUGGAAAUUUAUAAAGAAAAGGAAAAUUGUGUGUGUAUAGUCCACUCAGAGAUCUUGGAAGUAUCUCAUCAUCGUAGCACAAAUUGGACUGAAAAUGAGUUUAAAUAUCACCAGGGUUCGUGGUACAACCAAUGUAUAGUAAAAAAGCUAAAACAAAUGAUUUAA